CAGGCUGUGCUGUCGAGCAAAAUUGCUAGCUAGGACGUUUUCUCACUGCUGCUCCACCGGCGCAUGCCUUUGCAUAAGACGCGGAUAUCUGCAUACAGGGCUACCAGCGAAGCCGCUAGCUCCUGAUAGCCAACGAUGCCUCGGUCCCGGCCUGUCGGUGUGCCGUCACAGAUGGGAACGUGCGAUGGCGCACGAGCCACCCUCGCACCUUGACAGUGCCUGGUCUGCCAUGGGGGAACAGUUUGAAUGGUCGAUAGUCGUCCUCAGGAGUUGGUAAGAGACCACAAUCACCUCCUUCCGAGCAUCCUAACGCAAAUGGCAGUGCAAGCCCAGGACACCGGCCUCAAAGAGGAUCAUUCGCAGGCGCUCAACAAGACUUGGCACCCCUUUGGCCAAGACGAGGACCAUGCCGAGGCACAAGAGCAUGCUCAAAAGGGUGACUCGCAGGAGAAGGGCGAUGGGAAGAAAAACCCCAUCUCAGCGUUGGUGAGCGGCUUCAAGAAGCUCAACCCACACCAUCACAAGGACGGAAAGGACAAGCAGGACGGCCAUGAGGACAACGGCGCGGGCAAUGAGAAGAAGGCGGGAGGCUCGCAUCGCUUGUCCAAUCUGAUCCAUCUCCACAGCGAGGUCAAGAGGGACCUCAGCGAUCCCGUGCUCUACCCCGAGCUUGAGAAGGACGCAAUACUUCGCCGUGACAACACCCUGAGUCCUGAAGAGAAGGCCUUCAUCGAUGCAAGGAAGAAGCUCAUCGUCUCCUCGGGAGCGCUGAAGAAGUUCCUCCGUCUACCCGAGGAGGAAGACGUCCAUCCUGAUGACGUGCCCGUCAUUGCUCUUGGUGGUAGCGGUGGUGGAUACAGAGCCUGUCUCGGCUUUCUGGCUUACAUCGAGGAGAUGCAGCAGCAGACUGAUGAAAAGACCCUCGGUGGGAUGUGGGACCUCAUCAUGUACAGCGCAGGCGUCUCUGGGAGCUGCUGGACGCUUGGAGGACUCUACACUUUUGCCAGCAUGCAGGCCUCUUUCCUCCUCGACCACUUUGCGUGCUCGUCGCAGCAUCACCCGCUGUCCAUGUCGGCCAUUGAUGCCGUCGCUCGAAGUGCCAAUGGCAUCUACUUUCAGCUAGCCCCCAUCCUCCAGAAGCUGAAAAUUGGUCACCUGCACCCUGGACCGCUCGAUCUUUACGGCACCUUGGUGACCUCGCACAUCUUCUUUUCGCCUUUGGCCCUCUCUGAGCCACCGAAGCCCCUCUCCACCGAGCCAGACGAGGGUGAGGAGGCAGCGCAAGGGAAAAAGGGCGUCAGUGGACCAUCGCUCCGACGCGAAUGGUUUCAGUUCAGCCGUUGCUUCAAGCGAGCCGGGCUUCAGACGGGCCAGAAUCCGCUACCGCUCCUCACGGCCGUGCGUCACGAGAGGCCCUGGAAGGACUGGCAUUCAGCCGAAGAACCUUUCAAGAACACUAGCAACCAUGACGCAGACGAACACAGCGACCCACACGCAUGGUGGCAGUGGUUCGAGUUCUCUCCCAUCGAAUUUGGAAGCGAUGAGCUCGAGGGCUGGAUCCCAACCUGGAGUUUCGGUAGGCGUUUCGAAAAGGGCACCAGCACGCAGAAGUUGCCUGAACGAAGCCUUAGCCUGGUCCUAGGCAUCUGCACCAGCGCACCAGCAGGGCCACUGGCGGCCUGGCUAGCCACGCUCUACCGCAACCUCCCCAAGGGCGCCUUUGGCACGCGUAUUCGAAAUGCCGCUGACCACUGGGUCGAGGAGCACCCUGACAAGGCAGAGAGACUGCAGUCGCAUCACCCGGUCCACGCAAUGAAUGAGGCCAAUCCUUUCUUUGGUGCUGAAACGAAAGAAGGUCGAGGCCAAGGCUUCGAGAACUCGCCCAGGAUCCACCUCGUCGACGCGGGCAUGUCCAACAAUCUGCCCACCUACUCCUUCUUUCGACCUGGACGAGACGUAGACAUCAUGCUCCUCGGCGACUUUUCCAGCGAUGUCCAGAGCGGCGCUGCUCUGGAACGCAUCGCCGAUUUUGGCCGUACAAAGGGCUUGGAUAUCCAAGAGCGCGUCAAGCUCGAGCCUCUGUCCGAGUGGCCUCAGGAAGAGGACAAGGAUGGCAAGAAGAAGAACAAGACGCUGAGCGCAGAUGAAAUUGCCGAGAGAUUCAAGGGCAGAUACGCCCGGAUCCUCGAUGCCAAGUCGAUCCCGGACGAGGAUCGCACAGAGGAGGAGGGCCCCACGCACGUCGACGAUGAUGGCAUUCGCUACAACAAGCGACACCAGCCACAGGCCACCAACGGCGCCACGCUCAUCUACCUUCCCUUGCUGCCCAACAAGUGCCAACCGGACUAUGACCCGAGCACAGCUUCCUUCUCGAGCAGCUACAACCUCGUGUGGUCGGAGGAAGAAGUCAACAUCAUUCGCAAGACAAGCCGUGCCGACAUUAACGAGGGUGUCGAUGAGAUCCGCAAGGUUGUGCAAGACGUCUACAACGCUAAGAAGGCUGCCCGCCUAUCCAAACAGUCGUAGAGAUUCUCUUAAUUCCUUUUCUCUCUCCCCCCAUGAUUACCGCUAGCUGGCUGGCUGGCUCUCUAGAGGAUGUUGAUCGAAUCGGGUCAAAUUGCUCUAAUUCACACGUGCG